CCUCCACCCACUCUGUCCCCCUCCCCGAUCCGUGUUCUCGUCCGAACUCUAACCCACCUGGUACCCUCUACCAACCAAGCUGGUGAAAAGAACAUAUACGAUGACAAGCUCUUCAUCAUGCUCGAUACCAUCUGCCAACAUAUUUGGAAAUGCGACUUCGACGGUCACGUGCACCGAUGGUACACCUACGGUGAUGAAUUCGGAUACAGCCACCGAAUGUGUUUCUUUCUGAUAGACUAUGGAACUGCACCAGGUGGUGAUGACUCCAAAGUACCGACUGUGUGCUAUGAAUGGGACGGAAGUAAAUUCAUCGACAAGCCCCAGAUCCUUCAAUUCGAGGACGUACAAGCUGAGCUUAAAAGUGUGCCAUUUACACCAGCACCAUAUGAGCCUUCAGAAAAACCGCCCGUUCGGGUUAUAGUGCGGCGAAGGUUAAGGAGUGCGCGGAGGAUUCCCGUCCGAGAGUUGGACCAUAUGCGCGACCAUCCAGAAGACAUGGAGUGGUUGGAGAGGAAGGUGAAGCCCAGAUUCUGGACAAACUUUCUGGAGCAGUUGAGAAACAUUGAGAAGACGAGAGAGUGGGAGGAG